AUGCCCGGUUAUGCAGAAAAAUUUCACACUCUCAUGCAAUGGGAAAUGGAGACUUUUGUAACGCCAUUCAUCAAUACAUCCUUCCUUGCCAGAUGCUCCGCUACCAUUCCAAAACUUCUCCACAAUGUGAUUGCAAUUAUGGUUGUGCAUAAAUUGGUGGACCGGCAACCGGAUGUGAAUGGGGUCCUCGAGGAAAUCAAAGCAUUGCCUCUCUCUGUCAAUUCCGCCACAUCGGAUGAAUAUGACAUUGCUCGCAUGCCAGACUACUUUAAUGCCUGGUGGAAGGAGAACCUGGGCUCUUGCAGGCUGCCAGACAUGUUGCCAAAAUCAUCUGUCCAAGAUGUGAUGGAGUUGGUUGAGGGCCAUUUUUUAGAACUCCCGGAUCAUGUGGAAACCGGCCUCCUCCCAUAUAUGCUCAUGGUUGGCAUGGUUCAUCAACCGGAAAUGGUCGGAUCAGCACCUCUUGAGCAGUGCCGUCAGACCACAAUUGGUAGAGAGCUGUUGGAAAUUUUGCAGGGAAGGAUGACAAACCUUUUGCAUUCAAGUGAUAAGUUGGCCGGAUUGGUUGGGCCAGUUGAUGAACUUACUAGGGCUGUGGCGUCCUCACAAUCACUCAUGGACCAGUUGAAUGCAGAUGACAAUGCAUCCUUACGGACUCAUCAGACCGCUUUUCUUUUCUUUCCUCAUACUUUAACCACUCAUUUAUUUCCUCAACACAUGACAACAAUUCCACCGGACUUGGCAUUAUACCAGACCUACCUUGCCGGUGAAUUGGUUUAUGACACCUUCAUGUCCAAAAUUCAUCAACAACCGGUAAAGCCAAUGGGUGUUAGACUUUUAGAUGUCGACACCUGUAUUGCUUUGGAGCAGCUUGCCAAUGUCCUGGCCGUUGCUUACUUCAAUCCUGUUUGUCUUAAAAUUGACAUGGUUAGAUACAAUGAAUGCCUGGAGAAACAGGAAUCCAAUCAAAAUGAGAAACGAGAGCAGACUCUUUUGAAAAAAUUCCCUCCUGACAAACAGCUUGUCUUAACAACACCGUGUGUCAUAAUUGAUUCCGGAGGCAGAAUAAUUGUCUGGUAUUUGCCUGGAGCCAUGACUGGCAUGAUAAUGACAGAUAUGCAAUGCGCCACGAAAUGCAUAGGAAAUUUGUUGAACAAUAGCAUCACCACCAGGAAGCCUACUGAAUGGAGGACCCAUGAGUCCAAUUUCUAUCCGAGUCUGGAUGGGAAGAUCACCCCUGGUUGCAUCAAUAUAUCACCCGCAUGGUUUCAGCAAGGCAGAGAGAAACAUGGUUUCCCAAAACUUGAUCCGGAAAAUGGCUUCUCACCUCAGGGAUCCACUGCAUUGAAAGGCGAUGUUGGUCGCAAUAUCACAACCUCCCUUCAAAGGUCCGGUAUCCUGGUCUCUGCUGCACUUCGGGUGAUGCACCCAGAUCUAUAUCGGGCUGGAAUCAAAACUCAAGUCCAGCUCGGUGAAUGGGCGACCCGGUAUCAGUUACACGACAUGAGCUAUCACCUAAAACAUUAG